UCAUGGAUGAUCUACCUUAGUGGAAUUAAAGCAGUCAUGGAUGAUCAAGAUCUUCAAGUAGGGGAUGUUAUUUCUCCAACUCUCUUAACAGCAGUUAGAGAACCAAGGUUUGCAAUCGUUAUUCUCUCGCAAAAUUAUGCUUCUUCUACUUGGUGUUUGGAGGAACUUAGAGACAGAUUUGUGAGUGCAUGGAAGAUCAGAACAGAUUUCUUCCACUCUUUUAUGACGUGGAGCCCUCUGAUGUUCGAUUUCAGAAGAAGAGUUUUGGCGAAGCUUUCUGUAAGCAUGGAACCAGAUCCGAAGAGUUUUGGCUAAUUUCUUUGGGUGGUGUACAAAUAAUUACUAGACUGAUAGAGAAGUUAUGGAGGAAAUUGUGGGUUUUGUGUGCCGUCAAGUAAUACCUAUUGAAAUUGAAAUUGGGAUUACAAUUAAUCCUGAAGCAUUUGAAGCAGCAAUAAGAAAAGCCAUACUUAAAGUUAUGAAGAAGGGGCUUAAGGAUGACGGGAUGGGCAACAUCGGCAAGACAACCAUGGUGAAUCAUGUUGCUGCACAAUCCAGAGAAAGUAGGAAUUUUGAUUUUGUGAUGACUGGUGUGGUAUCCCAGAGCCCUGACUUGACAAAAAUUCAAGUCACAUUGGCGGGGCCGAGCGGGUGUUGUACUGGGAAGCCUAAGCUUAUUAUCACUAAUUGGAAAAAGGUUGGUCAUCUCGGCAACGGCUAUUUCGGGUCUGUGUAUGAAGUAUUUGCUGAUUGCGGAAGCUUCUUUGCUGUCAAGGAAGUUUCCUUGCAUGAUCAAGGAAGAGUUUCUCGACUUGAACAGGAGAUUGCUUUUCUGAGUCAGUUUCAACAUGAGAACAUAGUUCAGUAUUAUGGUACACAAAAGGAUGAAUCAAAGCUCUAUAUCUUUCUGGAACUUGUAACCAAAGGCUCCCUUCAAAAGCUAUAUCAAACGCACCCUCUUACAGAUUCACAUGUCUCUGUAUACACUAGACAGAUCUUGCAAGGUCUGAAGUAUCUUCACGACCAAAAUGUGAUUUUCAGGGACAUUAAAUGCGCAAAUAUUUUGGUGCAUGCUAAUGGAUCUGUCAAGCUUGCAGACUUUGGAUUGGCAAAGGCUAUCAAAAUGAAUGACAAACUAUCUCGCCAAGGAACUGCAAACUGGAUGGCCCCUGAGCUUGCUAAACCUGGAAAUCCAGGUUAUGGCCUUCCAGCUGAUAUAUGGAGUCUUGGAUGUACUGUGUUGGAGAUGUUAACUGGGAAGGUUCCAUACCCUGAUCUCGAAUGGAUGGCGGUAUUAUGGAAACUUAUGGAGGGGAAGCUCCCUCUGGUUCCUGAUUCUCUUUCAGGAGAGGCACAAGAGUUUAUCCAUCUAUGCUUACAAGUUGAGCCAGAUAAUCGUCCCACUGCUGCUCAGCUUUUAAAACAUCCAUUUGUAAAUAAGCCGCUUCCUCCCACGUCUUCUGGAUCAGUAUCUCCUUACAAUCACCACAGGCAGAGUUGAAAUGAUAUAUUCAGCUAUAAGUUGUGAUGGUAAUAAGCUCUAUUCAACGGAAAGAAGCAGGAUGACAACUCAUCCAUGUUCUAUAAUUUGCUUUGGAAUCCCGUGUUCAGCCAUCAAAUCUUGGCUUACGCUGGUACUCCUGGUAGAGCGCGUGCUUGUUAUAACUUCAGUGAUGGUCUAUGCCAGAUCUGGCAAUGGGAUAUAUGACUUUAGAAGAACAAGCAUCCUUUUGUCCGAAAAUCAUCUUGCACGUAGAGCAACCCACUAAUUAUUUCACCAUCAUUUCUGUUGUAGAAAUAUGAUUUAUUGAUGUUCGAUUAGUGUUUGGCGUUUCAUGUCUUCCCCUCUGUUCCAAAUGAAGAUAUUUAGUGGGUGAGAGAUUGUACGGGCAAGUUGUGGUAGAUGGUGUAUUUUAGUAUUGGAAAGUAAUUCCGAUUUGUAUAUAUCUGCUAUUGACAGUGUCAUAAUUGGCAUGCAUUCAUAAUAUACUUGCGUUUUUUUAUGGCCGAAGCAGUUUCGGUAAAUCAA